AUGGAGCUCGCUCGGAGCCUGUAUAAGAAGGAUGUUGACUUUGAGGCCUUGGCGCUUCAAUGUCGCGACUUUGCCAAGCAGUACGUGAAAUUAUCCGUGGUAUAUUCCAGGCUUCUAAUCCGAAUCGUCACUAGCUUGAAACCAAACAAACAGCUCGACUUUACCGAUCCAGCCGCCGUUCGACAGCUCACUACAACCCUGUUGCAACAGGACUUUCAGCUAAAAGUCAAAAUCCCCGAAGAUCGGCUGUGUCCACCGGUCCCAAACAGACUCAACUACAUCAUAUGGAUCCAAGACCUCAUUGAUUCAACUGCAGAAGGAUCGAAUGAGGGGUAUGAUCGAGAACGAGAAGUUGUUGGUCUCGACAUCGGAACGGGAUGUAUCGGGAUCUACUCUCUUCUUGGCUGCACGACCCGGCCCGGCUGGAAGUUUGUGGCUACUGAUAUUGACCCGGGUAAUAUCAAUACCGCUCGGGAGAACGUGGCGUUGAACCAGCUAGAAUCACGGAUUCGGAUCAUAGAAUCGGAUCCCGAUGGUCCCCUCUUCCCACUUGAGAAGCUCGGCCGUGAAGGUCUGGAUUUUACCAUGUGUAAUCCACCUUUCUACACUUCCCGCGACGAGCUAGUUGAAUCCGCUAAACAGAAGAAGCGACCUCCAUUUUCGGCAUGUACCGGCGCCGAGGUGGAGAUGGUGACCCGUGGUGGAGAAAUUGACUUCGUGAGGAAGAUGAUUGACGAAAGCCUGCAUUUGCGUUGCAGAAUACAAUGGUACACAUCCAUGCUAGGCAAGAUGAGCAGCGUCUCUGUCCUUGUUGAGGAGCUGAUCAAGCACGAAAACCAUAAUUAUGCCGUGACCGAGUUUGAUCAGGGGGCAAAGACUAAGCGUUGGGCAGUAGCAUGGUCUUGGGGAGACCGGAGACCCCCUGUGGAUGUGGCAAGAGGUAUUCCCAACCUGCCGAAAAGUCUUCUCCCAUUCCCUACUGACUACACAUUCACACUUCCAUCCGAUGUUCCCAUUGACGCAACCAGUGAGACGCUAAAGAAGGAGCUGGCUUCCCUGCCUUGGUUUUGGCGUUGGAACGAGAAAGACUUCACGGGCACGGGCUUUGCCGGCGAGAAUGUCUGGUCCCGACAGGCGCGUCGGAAGAUGAAACUUGCCGAAGGAAACGAUAUGACGAAGUUGAAAGGCCCUCCCGCCAAAGUGGCAUUAGGUGUACGUGUGCGCCUACGUCUAGCCCUGGGGGAAAAGGCAGAAGAGAAAAAAGUGGAGGCCCUUGUUCGAUGGAUUCAAGGUACAGACACCGUUCUGUUUGAAAGCUUUUGCGGAAUGGUAAAACGCAAACUAGAGUCGAGAUGA